AUGAAACACGACGAAUUCCUCAACUUUUUUUUAAUCCACGAUAAAUCUGACUUCAAUGGCAACGGUUACCCCGAAUCCUCGUAUCCCGAGAAGCACACCAGGAGCUGGCGAGGCGACGUGGCCCGCCGUGCCAGAGCCUGCUGCUCCGCCAAGACCCUCGUCAGGAGACUGCCCAUCCUCAGCUGGCUGCCCAAGUACAGUCUCAGGAAUGGUCUCGCCGAUCUAAUAGCAGGCAUCACGGUCGGCCUGACGGUGAUACCGCAGGCGAUUGCGUACGCGGGCGUGGCCGGCCUGCCGCCGCAGUACGGGCUGUACUCCUCGUUCAUGGCCUGCUUCGUCUACACCGUGUUCGGCUCCGUGAAGGACUCCGCGAUAGGGCCCACGGCGAUCGCGGCGAUCCUCACCCGCGAGAACCUCCACGGCCUGGGGCCCGAGUUCGCAGUUCUGCUAGCGUUCCUCUCCGGCUGCGUCGAGCUGCUGAUGGGCAUACUACAGCUGG